UUUGCGAGGGAAACUUUCGUCGGAAAAGCGUCGGUUUUUUUGGGUAUUUUUAAUCGCCGGUUAGAGAUGUGUCCGUCUUCCCUGAAUCCCCAUCUCUGUGAGCCGAAGCAAAAUGAUUCGCGGCGGAAGAAACAACAUUACUUCCGCUCCGGCGUUCUCGAACGACGCAAAGAAGCUGCUUCUAUGUACAGCAAACUCCGUCUCUGUUUACAGCGUCGCCACUGGCUUAAAGGUUGCUUCACUCGAGGGUCAUGCAGCACCUGUGACGACUGUGAUUGUUGAUCUGAAGCACGACGAAACCUUCAGUUACUGUUGGACUUCCUCCCUCGAUGUUUUUCGUCUUUGGGAGUUCUCGGAGCCAAAGCUUUUGAAGACAUUUGAUACCCACCUUCCUAUUUACUCUCUGGUGACGAUUCCACUUCACGUGUCACGUUCUUUGAUUGCUUAUGUUUCGGUUGAGGACUACUCAAGUUUGUCCAGAGAUAUGUUUGGACAAAUCCGUAGAUUUAUUCUCACUGAAGAGCCUCUUCCUAGUGGAGACAUUUUGAAAGAGAUGGAAGAACCAAAACCUAUUGUUGUAAGUCCCUCAAGAGAGUUUUUUGGCGUCUGUCAUGGUUGCAAUAUACAUUUAUGGAAUGCCUCGUUGGGGGCAUCAGAGCAUCUCAUGCCAAAGGAGACGACAUUACGUCACACACAGUUGAUUACUGCUUUUGCUUUCCAUCCCAACCAUAAAAUAUUAGCAGCCGGCGAUGUAACAGGAAGAGUGUUAAUUUGGAAGGAUAUUGGUAAUGGGGAACUUACUUCAGUGAAAAGUGAAGAUGAUCAUGAAUCUUGCACUAUUUUCAAUUGGCACUCCGCCGAAGUAACCGUCCUUAAUUUCUCUUUAGAUGGAGCACUUUUGUAUUCUGGGGUAAAAGAAGGUGUUCUUGUUGUUUGGGAGCUUGAUACCAGGAAGAAGCAAGUUUUGCCAAAGAUAGGAUCUCCCUUGUUGCAUUUUAUCAUCUCUUCAGAUCCAACUAUUUCUUCUGUUACUUGUGCAGAUAAUCAGAUGUAUCUUCUUAAAAUGCCUUCCAUGGAGAUAUUGAGAACGAUAUCUGGAAUCAAGCCUCGAAGAUCAGACCCUAUAGGGUUUAUAAGCUACCUCAGAACUCUGGAUAUAUGCCUCAUCAGAACUGUGUUCAUUGAUCGUUCUUCCGGUAUAGCUGCUCUCUGCACAGCGAAUCAUCGUGUUCAGCUUUACAACCUCUUAAGUGACCAUGAAAUUUCAGAGGUUCAAGUUUGCGAGAGAAAUCACCAUCCUGAUGAUAAUGAAGUUCGGGUUUCCUUGACAGCGGUUGCUCUCUCUCGGAAUGGCUCAGUGAUGAGUACAGCUGAGGCCAGAUUUGCUGCUAGUAAUCUCAGUGAAGGCUUAGUUUCUCUCAAGUUUUGGGUGUUUGUACCAGACAGCAAAACUUUUAGCUUAUCAACAGUCAUAAAUCAACCUCACAGUGAAGCUGCUAUCACAGUCAUUGCCCUUAACCCCACCCGUUCCAUGGCUGUUAGUAUAUCUUCUGCUGGGGACUUCAAGAUUUGGGUUUGCAAUAGCGACAAGAAUCUGACACCUGAGGAUUCAAACUGGAUAUGUCAUGGAGCUGGCUCUUAUAAGAGAACACCAAUGACAGCUGCUGUUUUUUCCGGGGAUGGUUCUUGUCUGUUUCUUGCGGCUAAAACAGUUCUUCUGAUAUGGCAUCCGUUAAAGAACAAACUUUUGUUUGAAGUUGGAAAGGCUAAUGUGCCAAUUAUGGAACUCUCAGUGACUGGAGGAGGCUUCCUUAUUGCUGCAUCUCAUGGCUUUAAACCGCACUUGUCCGUCUGGGACUUGAUGACGUUCAAUUUAUCAUGGUCAUACAGAUUACACGUACAAGCCGUUGCCACUGAAGUGGACUCUCCAUGCUUUGCAGUUUUAACAUGGCUUCCAGAAUCUUAUAGGUCGGCAAAAUCUAAUGAACAGAUCUUCCGCGGGAAAGAUGGCGCUAUCCUCUUGUUUGAUGGGUCAAGCUCUAAACCGGUAGCUGUUUGGACUGUAAUGAAGGCCAGGGGAGGAACACUUUCAUUUGUGGCAGACAGUAAAAAGUCUCAGCCACUUCUCGGAUAUGUAAACAGGAGCCAUGAAUAUGUUCUUUUCGAUCCUUAUAGCGAUGAAAAGCUGGAGAGUAGCGCCAUAGAUUAUGAGGUUUUUCUUGCAGCAAUAAGCAAGAAGAAGAAGAAGAGAUCUAGGAAGGAAGCAAAGAUGUCAGAGAGACCAUGGGAAACAAUGUUUUGUGGAUCAAAGCUCGAUUUCCCGCCUUUUCCUGAUGUGUGCUCUGCUAUCUUUGGUUCCCAGAUGAUUAAAAAGGAGUGUGAAAGAGUAGAGUAGCUCUUAAGAGACCACAUGUUUUGAAACCCAUUUUAAUAACACCAUUUUGUUGGUAGCCU